AUGUCAGAAAUGGAAGGCGUCGUGGCCACCCAGGCGGUCGUGGCCAUGGAUAUCACAGAACCCGAUCCUCACGAAAGCCGCGAUGAAAACAAACCCGCGUUCGAUAUCAAGAAGCCCAAGCCAACAAUUCAAAUCCGCGACAAUCUACUCUACUGGAAAUGCAACCAAACACUUCACGACGGCAGCGUCUGCGGUUCCUACAACGAGCUGGACUUCAAGCAGUGCAAGGACUGCAAGAGCCGACGCGGAAUUGGAGAUGAUGGCACUGACGCCUACGGCACUAAGAUUGCAAAGAUCGUCUUUGUUAACAACAAGAAUGGAGAGGAGCUUUGGCAGUAUGCUUCGGAGGAAUAGGCCAGCUCAAAGACGUUGAUGGUUCACAUGGAUGCGAAGUCUAUCAGAGAAGACAUGAAUACAAGGCGAAGGAGAGCUCAAUGGUCAUUUGCGCACAAGAGAUGUCGCUUCUGCCUCGGACUUUGACGAAUCAUGAGAAAUGGAUCAGGUUUGAUUUUAGAGGUGGUUUAUGGGUGUUGACAUGUUAUUCCUCAAAGGAACCUUCAAGAAACAUAUACUGCAGAGAGCACAAUAGGUCCUCCCAAGCUUUCCAAAUUAUACCUGUUACAGGAUAACCUCUUCUUUCAUCCCUAAGGAGUCUCCUUCAGAG